AUGCCCACCAAACUCCUACAGGCAACUUUCCCCCGCAUGCACACGCGCUCCUCCUCAUCAACCGACGUCUCGAAACCCCCCAAAUCUGGCUCAAAAUCCGGCUCGAAUUCACCCACCAAAUCAGGAACCAACUCACCCGCACCACAAAGACCCCAAUUCGUGCGUGCAGCAUCCCACCCAGGGCCCGCACCGAAAGCAAAACAGCCUGGCCGCGCGUUCGGUACGAAUUAUCGUGUGAGGCGGACCCCACCGGGCUCACCACCAAACGAGCGCGUGCAAUCACAGACGCAGCCGCUAGGACCCGCCCAAGCACAUUCUAACGUGCGCGACUUUGCAAAACUUACUUCUUCCGCCGCGCACUCGCAGCCUGCGCGGCGGAAGCCUGUGUACUCGAUGCAUGAGGCGGAUCCAGCGGUGAAGGGGCGGCCGGAGGUAGUGUAUACGGAUGAGGAGUUGUUGAAGAGGCUGAAUACGAUUGGGGAGGAUGAGGAGACGGAUAUAGAUCGGGUGAGGACAGUGGAGAUGGAAAGGGAACGGGAGUGGGAGGAGGAAAGGAGGAAGAAGGAGGAUAGGGAGAUGGAGGAGUGGAACCGGAAAGAGGCGAAGAAGGCGCAGAAUCGCAUGGUGAGGGGAUUUAGUUGGAAAGGGGUUAAGAAGACGGUGGGAGGGUUUAGGUAG